UGGUGCCCUCUGAGCGCCCUGUGUCAAUAACCGCGCGGCGCGGAGCUUGCGACGCCAAGUUUUUCGACCUUCGUCGGCGCCGAGUACCCCCUGCUCGUCGGGCGAGCAUGAUACAGGCAUGCGGCAGCAGCCAUGGCGGCGCGGAACGUGGCCCUUCCUGCGUCGGUGUCGGAAGUUGUGCCGGCGUCUACUGGAGCUCGCCGAGCGACGACUUCAAGCACCGCCGCCAGCCGCCACCGGAACGUCAGGAACGCCAAGAAUACUGCUACCUGAGCUCUCGUGAUGCGUUCAGCCGCCGUGCAUUUCGCCACAGAAACCACUCGGGCCCCGGAAGCCACAGCCGCUGGCAGGCGGCGGUACCUGACGCAGAAGUGCGCGGCGUACCCGCUCCAACCACGGCGGCGACGACGACGCAGCACCCCCGGCGGCUCCCCAUGCCGACUGCGUCAGCCAAGGCGCCCAGCGACAGCUGUCGCGUCGUCGGCGUGUCUCCUCGGGCGCAGCUUGACGCGGCGGAGAUCCGGGCUGCUCCGGGUAUGGCCGCAGUUCUGGCGUCGGCGCGCGGUUGCGACCGCGGCCUGCAGCCGUUGCAGGGAUCCACGACUCCCGAGGCCAGCCUGCGCGUGCAGCGAGCCCUCCUGAAACUCGAGCUACCCGACUGGUUCCGGCAGCACUACAGGCCUCCCAGAAGGGAUCAUGGGCUCGGCGACGACGCGGCACAGUGGCCCAAGUGGCGCGCGCUUCCAGGCAAAGACGCCAAGCUGCCGGCAGGUCUCCGGCCCUCCCAGACAGCUGAGACAUCGCUGCCGGCUGACCGGAGGAAUCUGGUGAUCCCCAAGCGGGUCACCUUCCGCGACAAGGGCUCGUCACGCAGCGCUGUCAGGCCCUGGGUGUACCGAUCGCUACGGACGCCGUACCUGGGCUGGCGCAGCGCGGGGCACGCGACGACCCCCGCGGUGCAGCAGCAAGCGGCCGUUCGGUGACCGACUGUCACCGAAAGCCCUCGAUGCCUGUCACGAGCACCUUCGCACCCCACCGACGUGUAUUCAUCGCCCACCCUGCACAAUGCUCGCCGGAAUCAGUCACUCGCACGGCAUGCAGUCGCACACGCACCUCGGCCCUGAUUGCGGAAUGCCCUAUACUUGACAUCGUACAGCGAAUUCCAGCGGCCUUACUGGAGCGCCACUAGUGUCCGGCUUUCAAUGGCUCUGCCUGCUGGGCCAACACCUCCUAUACUUGUGUUGGCUGGGCCUAGUUUAUGUACUAUACAGUCAACAGGUUGACGUUCGGCCCUUUCACGUGGGAAACUGACAGAGAGGAGACACGACAAGGCGCUUGCCCUGUCUGCUGUCUGUCAGAUUUCGUAUUUUGUAGCGCUAAGGAACACGGUGGCCCAACUUAAGUGUGAAUGGAAACCUUAGUUUUGCUGCACAUUACGGGUCAUGAGAAUACCAAUGCAUUUGAGGUGGACUUAAAGCGCCCAGGUGCAGUCUUUGUCAAAAUUUUCAAAGCCGCUGCGCGAGUGAUGAGAUCUGCUGAUUGGCGUCGCUGCAGGGCAUUUACUGCAGCGAGCGUAUAGCGCCUUGAGCCUCGGAACAUAGAUCACCAUUGUCCCCGUUGAUGUCUGAGACAUUGGAGUGACGAAUGAUGCUCGGCCAGGUGACAGGUACGGCUACGCACUCAAUGCCUUUUAAACAUGUUACACGCCGUCGCUGCAGUUCUACCUGCGUUUACGCAGAAGAAAAAAAAAAGGAGACGAAAAAUAAAAGAACAGGAAUUGACGCUACCUGGUUGUGUUAAUCGCACCCAUAUAGUUAAGCAUUGUGCCUCUCUUAUAGGUACGCACGCGGCCUCGUGGCAACGUUACGUCUGUUGUUGGUCCCGAAGGGACCCUACGAGGUAUCGCUUAUAGUUUCCUCCCUUCUGCAGAGAAAGCGUUGCGCUACAUUUUGGUCGCUGGAAACCGCAGUACUGAAAUAAUGUUCAUACUCUUUUGUUGCUAUAUCAUCUAUGUUAUGAAAAGGCUUAAUGGUUUUAUCAUUAAGGCUUGGUACUAUCUCAAGCGUUCGCCUUUUGUUGCUUUACUAUACUCACGCAUAUUGACAAGUAUGUCGCGUUUCGUCACUUUUCCUUGUCUCGUACACAGCCCCCGCCGCAGCUGUCUUUAGCACGCGACUCGUGCGCUUCUUUGUGUGUUUGGUCCUCCUACACCGGAGGCUCAGUUCGAGGGGAGCUUUGUUUCUUAGCACGCGCUGCCAAACGGGGGAGCCACAUUGACAGUUGCGCUUCUCGUCAGUGACGAUGACGGCAUGAGCGCCGGGCAAUUGGUUACCCGCAACUAUGAGAAAUUGGGCUAUUUCGCUGCCUGGCGAUAGCGAAGGCCCGGUUGGUGCGUAAGGUGAAGCCGGUGAAGCACUGAUUAAAUGGAUCGAGUUAGCUAAAGCAAUGAAAGGCGAGGCCCAGGAUCAGCUUGGUAGCGCGUGCUGAUAUGCGCCUGACUCACUCUGCCUUCGACAGACGGCGCCGAAGCACACAGCAACGUACAGCAGCGCAGUACUUACGACAAGCGUGACGUGCGCUGCACUGUAGAAACAAAGGCAACGUCGUUGCCCCGACGUAAACGCACAGCUGUGGUACACGCUUGCUAGGGAAGUUUUGACCUGAUGGGUUAGAUGGGGCAACCUCCGGUGCAAGUCGAUGUCGCAAAAAGUUACAUGCUUAAAGUUGUGUUUUGACAUCUGCCUUGAGCCUGUGGCGUGACGUGCUGCCAAAAUCUGUUAAGAAAAAAAAAAGAUUAAGUCUAGAUGCCAAAAGACGCCUUUUGUCGCUGGCGUUAACAAACACAAUAGUUCGAUGAUCUAUCUGACUAGAUCUCACCGGUCGUUUCGUGUACUGUAAUGUCAAUGGCGGACAAUAUAUGGUCACGUUUUUUUUUUUUUUUCACGACGUCAACAAUGACGAUAGCAUACCAACUGAAAGCAAAUGUGUUGAUAGACCGCAUGGUUGAUUGACAAAUCAAUAUAUCCUGUUCUUUAUUAAGUUAUUUCUACUUGCGAAAUGCUAUAUGGUAUGCUAAACGCUUGGUGUCUGCUCGGGGAGAAUUAAGUGUCACGAAAAGCGUGCGUGAGGCCGCGCGUCCAGUAAGUUUUCAUCACAAAAUGUGCCUGCUUCUGCAUAUGAUAUUACAACUAUUCUAAGCUCUUGGCAGCUGUCUCCUACACUGAACACUGCUGCCUGCCUCUUUGAGCGUAUGAAUAGAACCACAGCUCAUGAUAGUCCAAGUCGUUUCUACCCUGUCCCAUUGCUUUCUUUUUCUCCCCAUUUCAAGAAGCGAGAAUUAUGCCUACACACAAAGUCUCGCACCUAUAUCAGCAAAAUUUAUUGAAAUACGUUCACCCUUAUAUAGCGCUCACUCCCACGUCGUGGACGGAGCGAAGACGCGCACGAGUUCUUCCCCUCAAAGCGUAUACCUUUUCGAAAAACUCUCAACUUGCCAGUUCAGAGAAAGAAAGCUUUUAGCUUUUGCAACGGCGUCAGCUACUUGUUUCUCGACGACUAAUCGGGGCAAAGUCCCUGUGCUUUGUGAAAGGCUCAGAAGACUGUUGUCGUAUAAGGCGGUCUGGUCGACAAGGACAUCCGUCUUUCAACAGCAUCCCUAUACACCUAUGAAUAGGUGGCCGAACUAACAAAGGUUUUCAUUCGUCACAGGCGUUCUUCAUUGACCGGCUUUCUACGAUAAUAUUAUAUCUGGACUCACUAUUGCGAACACUUCUAGAGUAAGAACCUAUUUGUAUUAAAUACGGGUAGGGAGCCUAAAGCACUGUGCUAUUGGCAACCUUUCUUUCCCCUUCUUUCGAGGUUAUAACGCAAGGUGCUGCACUUUUUUUUCUGUGUGUGUGCUCGCAAAGGGCAAUGCAUACAACGAUUCGGAUGCCGCUACCGGAUGCUCACCAUCACGUGGCCGCAAACCCACCAUAAUGGUGUAGCCUGUUACAGAGGGAAACGAGCUCGCAAAAUUUGCACAUGAAGCCCACCAACAAUAAUAUCACGCAAGCAAAUUGCAUAAUUACGUGCAAAAACAUUCGAGCAUACAUACCCCAGCUUUUUUUCCCUAUAAAAUAAAAGAAACCAAAGAAAGCUUCAUCUGGACGCCAAUGUGGUGAUUGAAACGUAGCGUCCUUUUCCUACGUGACGUUCUUAUAACACCUAAGUUCCUAUACUAAGCGUUCGCUACACGAAAGCAUCAGUGUGCAUGCGUGACGAUGUCGUAAUAUUACUUUUAUGUUAUUUUAUAUUUUGCGGGAGACUUUCGUUAUCCCAGAUAUUCAUCUACUUUAGUUUGUAGUGCUUCUUGGCACAUUUGACAUAAGAAUUGUUACAGCGCAAUCACAUGCAACCACACGUAAGAAGGACGGGACACAAGCGCUGACUGUCAACUAAAUUUUAUUGAUGGAAAACGGAUACCUUAUAUAAGGGGAAAGGCAGAAGUGAAGAGGGAAGGGAGUGAUACAAUCCGGGAAAAAUGACAAUGCGCAUCGAUGAACGAACGUGCCAGCAGUCAACGGAAUCAGGCGCCGAAAAAACAAGAAAACGAAAAAACUAGAAAAACACUAUCAAAAGGCGAGGGAUACUAACAUACAUUGAAAUCAGUAAGCAGUCGCUUCCAAAAAAUGAAGCUCUGCAGCAAAAAGCGAUACAGAAGGGGUGCUUACGCACUUGCUGCCAUAUUUGUGUAUGUGGAACGCUUCCAAAGAGACGCGCGCCGUCGCGUCGGCACUCUUGCCGAGAAUCUUUGUCUCUCCCAAACGAGCCUCGCAUCCUGUGCAUUCAAUUACGUGCGCGACCAAAUGUGCGUACUUGUCCUUUAAGUUGCUUAAAUUUCGGGCAUGUUCCCCCAAGCGUUCAUUAUUGCAGCGGCCGGUUUGGCCGACAUAAGCCUUUCCACACUUCAAGGGAAUGGCGUAGACCACUCCUGUGGAACACUGCUUACUGAUUUCAAUGUAUGUUAGUAUCCCUCGCCUUUUGAUAGUGUUUUUCUAGUUUUUUCGUUUUCUUGUUUUUUCGGCGCCUGAUUCCGUUGACUGCUGGCACGUUCGUUCAUCGAUGCGCAUUGUCAUUUUUCCCCGAUAGUAUCACUCCCUUCCCCCUUCACUUCUGCCUUUCCCCUUAUAUAAGAUAUCCGUUUUCCAUCAAUAAAAUUUAGUUGACAGUCAGCGCUUGUGUCCCGUCCUUCUUACUUGUGGUUGCAUGUGAUUGCGCUGUAACAAUUUUUAUGUCAAGUAUGCACCAACUCGCCCAGAAAGAAGUUUUAAUCUUGGCACAUUGUAGCAAUUAAUGCUGCACCGCACAAUCACAGCUCCUUCAGUUCUCGUAAGGGAAGACUGGUACUCUGCGAUGUGGCCUACAGGUCCACUAACGAAAAUAUCCAGGCAAUUCAAUGUGUUAAGAGUGGAUCGAUAUAUUUGCAGUCCAUUUAUCCAUACUUUAGUGCGUAAAAUUUGUGUUGGAGAAUAAAAACACAAGUGCUCAGUCGAACCAUGCGUUGGAGCACUUCCUGUUGGGCUAGUUGGUAGCUGUUCAUUAUAAAAUAUAAAGACGCCAAAUAAACGGACACACACAAGAGAACACACAUGCGUUGGAAGUAUAAUAUUUUGUUUAAAGACGUAAGAAAAGUUGCUUAUGGAUCUGGAUAUACAACAUAUGCGUGAUAUUUGCUUUAUUUUUUACUUCGAACAACUGUUUUCAAAAAGCCUACAAAAUUUACCCAAAUCACAUCACUGCGGAUGAAUUACCAGUCCAGAUAAACAUAAUUUAAGAAUAUGAAAUCAAUUUAUUCAAUUAAUAAGCAAACGCCAAUUAACAUUUUAAUUACAACUUCAAGGAAUACACCUAUAUCGAGAAGUUGAAGGGAAUCGUUAAAGGAAGUCUAGUUUCUUGUUUCUUAAUUUGAAAAUGGCUCGUGUAGAUCAUUAAUAACUGCCGCCAAAACAUUCGUUCAAUUAACCUCGUUAAGCCGCCGAUAUCGCCAGGAUAUCAGUGCAUGUCUCCAGCUCAGAGUAGGCGGAAACAGGAGCCGGAAGGUUCACUUCUUUGUGGAUUCAGUACUGCAAUGAGAUCUUUUGAUUCCGUUGCGUUGUUGAUUGUUGUAUGACGAUGGCGUAAGGCACACUGCAUUUAGCGCAAAUUAUUAGGUGCGUCGCUUAGAUGUCUCGCUGUCAAAAGUGACCCGUAGUGCGCUUAUAACCACCAUAGGCCCCUAUGACUUCGUUCAUAGCUGGAUUGUUCUUAUGCGUUCCUUUAAAUAGCAUCGGCGCAUUUUUGUAAGCACGUUGUUCGCCCAUGAUAUAUGCAUGGGGUCUUGAAGAAUCAACGCCUCAAUUAACGGUGACCUAAAAUUGUAUGAAAAUCGCCAUCAGGUGGUGUAGCAGCAAUAGCAAGCACAAAGAACUUGUUGUUCUAAGAAAGACUCUCGCGCAUUGCGAUGAUUGCGUAAUGUAUUGAACGUGGUGGAUUAAUUCUGGACUCAAUUUAUACAUUUAUAAACCAAAUACUCUCGACUGACACGCACAAGAGGUAUGUAUUGAAAGGACUAUUUUGAGGCAAUCAGCUCUUCAGAGCAAGCGACCCAUUUAAUCUUCACAUUAUGUCAAGGAUAAGUUUACAACUGCGCUCCUCCCCGGGUUCUGCCUCCGCGAGGACAGCCUGUCACUAAAUCGACGCGUAAGUUUAAGGAAGCGUAUCCUCGCAAUUUUAACCAUAGCUGGAUUUAGCAAAGGCUAACAUAUAAGAUGACCAUAUCCCUCUCUAUUUUAUCAUAGGGCUCCGUGUAUGCGAGGACGGUCGCCAUACGUUGGAGGAGUUACGUUAUAACGUUUUGUCGGCGAUACUUGCAUGUAACUUCAAGCAAGGAUCCUAUAUUAUGUAUAAAGCCUGAGAAUGCUAUGAACAGUAUACGGUUUCGUGCAACUUGGCACCAACCGAGCGUUUCCGCGCCCAAGUGAUGUUUGCACUUUGCGAGUGUGCUGAACUACCUUUAGGAAAUCAAAUGGUGCCCACACAUUCAGUCGCGCGGUUUGCGUUCUCACAAACGAAACGAUUCAUGAAGCCGACCGAAAGUUGCUUCGCUCUUUUCUGACGGGAAAUGUCUUUAAAAUCGGUCCGAGGGAAUCUAUUGCUAAAACCGCAUGUAACAAAAACAUGUUGUACCAUUAUCGCUUCUAUCUUUGCAACGGUAAUAUCCACUCUUCUUCCUUUGGUAUCACUGUGUAGAGAGCGAAAAAAGAAAAAAAAAAACAUCACUCGAUCAUGCAUGUGUUGCAUUCUCAUGUGAGGCUGUUUUCGCGCCACUCGGGACGCAAUCGGAGCUAAAUUUAGCCUCGCGCGGUGCGUUCAGAGAGCUGUAGCUCGGUAGUAUGUUUGUCCAUCCGAGCAGAAACGGCCGUGUUUGAAAGAGCUCACUCCGCCAUGGUAGGUAAAAUCUAUUAAACUCAUUCUAAUCCUCGCGAGUAGUUACAGGGUCUACAAGUGUGCAACUUGUUGCAGAAAUUUCACGCUUAUUCAGCUAUGGCCCCCACUGCGUUCCCCACGUAGAUACGGUACAGAAAUGACGCGAAGACACUCGGUCGGCCAGGAAGACAGGGGGUUAUAUCCAACCCCUUUGACCACGGCGGAGCGUGUCCGCCAUCGUAGGGGCCACAAGCGCAGGAGCCCCAAGCAUCUAUACGACUGCGUACGCGGGGCUCGAGCGGCGCAAAGCACUCUCGGCCGCCACCAGUAAAAAAAGUCAUUUUUUGCCCUACAGUGUCCAAGCACCCUCUGCAAAACAAACGGCCCCACUACGAAUAGGCAGCGAGCAGAGAACGAUUGCGAAAUUAGACCACGCACUCGCUGAAACAUAAGUUCGUCAUCAAAGCUUUCUAGUGCGCGAAUAAAUGCAACUUGUGUAUUUAGUGGAAUAAUUUUGAUACCACGGUGCCCAUGCACCGUCUGCAACCGUACCCUAGUGCGGUUGCGUCCCUGAGCCUGCACGACUUUUCUUUUUUUUUCAACUACGACAUGAGACCACGACUACGAGAGAUAGGACUAAGAUAGUAACUGAAGAGAGUGAGAGAGAGAGAGAGAGAGAGAAAAGAAACUACUUGCACAUUAGUCAAGAAAAAAAAAAAACCACUUAGUACGAAAAUGCCAUACUAGAGUAGAAAAAAAAAAAAAGAAUGAGGACACACCUGACCACAAGGCAAAACAGCGCACGUAAGGCAAAAAAGAGAACUUGACUCUUGCGUCUGCAGCUGUGCAUCAUCGUGUUACCCGUACCUGUCUUACACAGCACAUUCGCAUGCUUAGACAAAAUAUUUUGGAAAGAACGUUCGGAAUGUGAUGUCCAAAAAAAAUAUAAAAAAUUGGCUCGAACCCAAUAAUACGCCAUUGACUGUAAUCGACACCGCCUCUGCAAGCAGUUCUGAUAUCACAAUCGUGUGUCGUUGCAGAGUCGCUGCGAUGGAAGCGGCGCAAAAAGGUUGCGUGCUGGCACGCGCAUACCCCGUCCCCACUUCCUUUUGUUUCCCUACAACGAUAAAAUUUUGAGCCUUAAAAAAAAUUUAGCCAUGUAAUAAAACAUGUGCGUCUGUAGGCUAAAUCGCUUUGCAAGAAGUCUAACGCAAGAUAAAUUAAUCUAUACCGCAGGUGUUUGAUGCGACCGAAGCUUCUAUUACGAGCAGCCCGCGUUGUUAAAAAUUUGGCCGUAUCUGAUCUCCGGGAACCUUUCCCCUUGACUUCUGUCUAGUUGUGCUUGUAAAGGGCAUUCUUUUUACUUCGAGCGCAUAUGGUUGUUCUUUAAGUUGUUUUUCUGUUCUGUCUAGCAUUGCUGAUGCGCACGAAUGAAGUGAACCUUGUUUUUCUGUUCUGUUAUGGCCUUUCUUUUGUACAAGCCCCGAUAUACGUUAAUAAAGGUUUUUAAUGGUU